AUGGCCAACCCUCGACAGCGCAGGAAAUCUCGUUCUUCUUCUCAUCGGCCAGUAUCCCAUUCAAAAAAUGCAAAAAGAACUUUGAAGAAAAUGCCUACAAUACGUGCACCAAAAGUGCUCCAGGAUGCGUGGGACAAAAAUAAGACCGUUAGACAGAAUUACGCCGCCUUAGGGCUCAUUCAUGACCUCAACCCCUCCGCUGCUGGUGGUGCCGAGGUUGUCGAUGUCGACAUCAACCAGAACGAUCAAACUACUCACCCUAUUACCGAUUCCGCGGUUUCAUCAACCUCAGAGAAUGGCUCUCAAGGCACCAGUGCCUUAGGCGCAGGAAAGCCUGCCUUGCCCCCUCAAGGCAGUACCAUACCGAAAGGAUACGGUAGAAUCGUGCGUGAUGAAGUUGGAAAUGUCGUCCGGAUAGAUUAUUCCGACGAGGAACACAACGAUAAGCUUGUCGACAAGCGGUAUCAAGAUGUAGACACGAAUAUGGAGCAACUGGAGCCCGAGCUGGACACAAGCAUAAAGGAGAAAUGGAUCGAGGGAAUGGGUAGGCAGACGGGCCGCGCCCAAGUGAUUGUCAAAAAACAUUUUGUAGAAGGUGAGUCAUGCGAUCGUUUGUGGGAUCUUUCCCUUUCUCCUGUUGCCAUCCGCUCGGCUCUAUUAUCCCUUCUCCGUUGUUUUUCAAUUGAGUUUACAUGUCAUCGCGUCUAUCUCUAUACGCGAUUAUCCCCGCGCAACUCUACUAAGUAG